CAACCCCGGAGGAGCGAGUGUGUUCUGGUUCCGCACCUUGGGUAUACGUGCGGAUUAACGGAGCAACGCCGGUUUCUUCGGAUCAAAGUUGCCAGAGUAAGCAACGGAGUACUCCAAGGUUACAGCAAGACUCGGAUCAUUGGAUGUGCUCACUUCUUGUGGAAUUCUUUGACACCGGAGAUGUUCAAGGUUUUCGCCGAAUUUUAGUUUUCACAUUUCAUUGAAAAACAUAGGCAUUUUAGGGGCCAGCAUUCGAGUUGAAGACAAUACAGUCAUAUACGAAUUCGUUCCUUUCCGUGCAACAUUUGAAACCGUUGCGAAAACUGGUAAAACCUUUUUUAUCAUCAGUUUAAUCGAGCAGAUCCUACGUUUUGGUUUCCGCGACAUUCGUGUGGGCGACAGUAUAAGGAACCGCAUGCCAUAAAACCGCUUUGCCGCCCUUUUCGCGACGUCUGCUAAGUUUGCAGGCUGCCAGCAGCUUCCACCGGAAGUUGUCGAUUUCUUGGCAAAGAUUUGAAUUUUUCGCUUGGUAUAUUGAACUGCAGGUGUUGUUGGUUUCACCUUGAAGCCUGGGUAGUUUACUCGAACAAACAUUCGCUGCAUGAAGCAGAAAAGCGUUCUAUCGUCGUAUGGUUCCCAUUCUGGUAGCAAGAUCGACUUUCACCGUUCACUUCACACUUGCUGGGCAACCCCGUAGCCAGGAAAUCAGUGGUUCCAAUUGUUUAGAAUAUAUCGAAUCAGCGUUUAAAUAGUGAGGACGAGAUUUUGUAAUUAUUUCACUACACUUGUUCCUGCGGGAAUAUAUAGUGAGGUCUUAAUCUUGACUGUUUAUAAGAUAUUUGCCUAGGCUAGGAAAGGGUCUCCGAUUUGGAGUGGAGUAUUUAUCCCUUCCCCGGCCAGCUACCUUUCGAAGAUGUCCAGUAACAUUUCGCAGGCCGAAGACGAACUGAUCUGCGGGAUCUGUCACCGCGCCUUCGACGACCCUCGUCUGCUGCCAUGUCUUCACACAUUUUGUGCAAAAUGUAUCGAGGAGGUGGACCCGUAUGCGAUGGGAGAGCGGAGCUUUCAGACCCCCCUUUCCUCGCAGAGCACUGGCUAUUCGAGCCAAAGACUCUCCGCAGAGAUCUCCUUGCAGCCUGUCACAAUCUUGUGCCCGAAGUGCGACACAGAGGUGACCAUCCCGCGCCGCACUGAGCUUCUCCCCGUGAAUCAUUUGAUCAGGAAUAAGUUGUUCCUUCAGAACUUGAGCAGCCCAAAGGCAAGCAUUCAUUGCGAUCUGUGCACAGGGAAUCAAGAGGCGAUUACACGGUGUUCAAUCUGCCAUGAGAAUUUAUGCGAUAUUUGCACCAAGGCUCACAAACGCCAGCGACGCACUUCCAGCCAUGCCAUUUUGACGCUGAAGGACAUCCGACGUUUGAAACCGACCAAUCAGAUUAAAAGACAUAUCAUGUGCCCGUUCCAUGAUGACGAAAUGAAACUGUAUUGUGAGACCUGCGACAGACUCGCAUGCAGAGAUUGUCUUCUGGUGGACCACAAAGACCACAGGUACGGCUUCACCAACGAAGUUAUGAAUGACCAACUCAAACAGCUCAAAGAAAACCUAGAAAGGCUGAAACCUUUCAAAGACACAGUUAAAACGUCAUUGCGCAAUGUCCAAACGAUGCGCGAAAAAAUAGAUCGGCGUGCAGACGUCUUAGAAAAAGAGGUGAAUCAGUUUAUUGACGCCUACGUCAAGGCAUUGGAGAAAUAUAGGACCAAGAUUGUUGGGAGAAUUGAAACGAUUUGUAACAAAAAGGUGAAGGCUUUGAAACUGCAGAAAAUUCAACUUGAACAGAAUUUAGAUGACAUCUUCCACACCUGUCGGUUCACAGAGGAAUUGCUGGCGGAAGGCUCGGCUGUCGAGGUUUUGCAUUGCAAAAAAGAUGUGCAGGCACGUCUAAACGAGCUGGUGUCCAAGCCCUACGCCUCGGAGCCGAAAGCUGACGAUUUCGUCGAAUUCUGUCCAAGUGAGAGGGGAGAGGUGAUCAACGGGUACAAACUUUACGGAGCGAUAUCUUCCAAAUGUGUGGACGCGGUCCGUUCAACAAUUACAGGGGAAGGUCUGCACACACCAAGAGAAGGCCACAAGACGGAACUUAUCCUCCUCACCAAAGAUCAGGAAGGCCAGCCAAUGGGGAAGGGAGGAGCGGACAUCAGUGCCAAGAUGGCCGCCAAGGAUAAUGCAGAGGUAAUCAUCCCAGUUCAUAUCAGAGACAGAAGAGACGGCAACUAUGUGAUAAGCUACACUCCAGACAGACCAGGACAGUUCUCACUCAACAUUACCAUUAAAGGAAAACCAAUCAAGGAUGCUCCUUUCAACGUGGCCGUGAAAGCAAGAUGGCGUAAACAUACGGGUACUUUCCACUGUUGUACCUUCUGCUCGAGUGGAGGACGAAAAGAUGUCGUCUGCGGAUGUGGCUCAGUCAUGCCUGGAGGUUUCCAAGGGUGUGGUCACGGACAUUCCGGGCACCCAGGCCGCCAACACUGGUCUUGCUGCGGGAAACUCUCCAAGAACUCGGAGUGCUCAAAGCCUUACCACGGUGUCGUGCAACAGUUUACCUUAUAGCAAUUACAGAACCUGGGGGGUCCCGGGGAAAAACUAUCCCGGCCAAGUUCCCAGGAAACCACAACAACAUUAACCGAAUCUCUGGAUGAGGUUGCUAUGAGCGGGCAAGGGACAUGGCGACGAGAAUGUUACGUGUACGGUGAUGAAGAUGAGGCCUGCGCCUUUGGGACAGGAUCUCGAUCGAAAAAGUGUUCCGAUGGAGAUGCAGCUGCUGUUUCAAAGGAGACAAGGUGCAGACGAGAUGAGAGGCGGGUAAGACGGAGGACAACAACGGUCACAACCACCGAAAGGAGGAAUGACCGACUGCAGGCUCGUGGAGGCUGCAAAAUCAAAUCAUUGCAAUAUUUUGUUUGAGCGCAUCCAUCUCUUCAUCAUGUCACAGACCAAAAGGUAGUCGUGAUCAUCAUCGUCCAUGAUCAAACUGGUGGUGAGGGUAUGGACAAACUGGCAUGUGCGCGUGAUGACAACGCGAUUGUGACUUCAACUUUCGUCGCGCAAUAACUGGAUAUCUUUAAAGAAUGAGUAAAUUUUACGUCGUUGCCUAACAUACAUUUACACAGGACGCACAGCAAUAGGUGUCUUACAACACUGCAGCUUCACUUAGUUUCAAUUCUAAAUGAUGACAUAUUCUAAAGUUCGAUAAGCACAUGUAUAUUGUAGGCCUACAUCGCAUUGGCUUGAAAUAUCAAACACUUUUCUUUU